AUGGCCACCGAUUCGACACAUACGCAAUCGCAAGUCUACCUCUCCACAAGAGGUGGCGACUAUGGUCUCUCCUUCGAGACCGUUGUCCUAAAGGGCUUGGCUGCUGAUGGCGGUCUCUUCCUCCCCCAUGAGAUUCCCGCUGCGACAGAAUGGCAAAGCUGGAAAGAUCUCUCGUACCAGGAACUGGCCUUCCAGAUCUUCAGCCUCUACAUCUCCCGCAGCGAAAUCCCCGCCGAAGACCUACAAGGCAUCAUCAACCGAAGCUACUCUACAUUCCGCGCCCAAGAAGUCACCCCCCUCGUCCAGCUCAAGGACAACCUGCACCUCCUCGAACUCUUCCACGGGCCUAGCUACUCCUUCAAGGACUGCGCGCUGCAGUUCCUCGGUAACCUCUUCGAGUACCUCCUUGCGCGAAAGAACGAGGGCAAGGAGGGUAAGGACCGACAUCACUUGACUGUUGUUGGUGCGACGAGUGGUGAUACUGGAUCCGCUGCUAUUCAUGGUUUGAGGGGUAAGAAGGAUGUGUCUGUUACUAUUCUGCAUCCCAAGGGCCGUGUCAGUCCUAUCCAGGAGCUUCAGAUGACGACGUGCACUGAUGCCAACGUGCACAACCUCGCCGUUACCGGUACCUUUGACGACUGCCAGGACAUCGUCAAGGCCCUCUUUGGCGACCCCGAGACCAACGCCUCCCUCAAGCUCGGCGCCGUCAACUCCAUCAACUUCUCCCGCAUCCUCGCCCAGAUCGUGUACUACUUCCACUCCUACUUCUCCCUCGCCAAGAACUCCUCCACCUUCAAGGUCGGCGACAAGGUGCGCUUUGUCGUCCCCACCGGAAACUUUGGUGACAUCCUCGCCGGCUACUUCGCCACCCGCAUGGGUCUUCCCGUCGAUAAGCUUGUUAUCGCGACUAACGAGAACGAUAUCCUUGAUCGAUUCUGGAAGAGCGGGAAGUACGAGAAGCAGCCCGCCAAGGGUCCUGAAGCCCAGGGCGGUCUGGAGGUCGAUGGUGUUAAGGCCCAUGAGGAGGGCGUCAAGGAGACGCUCAGCCCUGCUAUGGACAUUUUGGUUUCUAGCAACUUUGAGCGUCUGCUUUGGUUCUUGGCUUACGAGUUUGCUGCUACUGUUGGUAUGGAUGUCGAGUUCAACCGCAAGCAAGCUGGUCAAGAAGUCGCUACUUGGCUCAAGGAUCUCAAGGUCAAGGGCGGUUUCGGUCCUGUCUACGUGGACGUUCUCAACAGCGCCCGCAAGACCUUUGAGAGCGAACGCGUCAGCGACCCCGAGACCCUCGAGACCAUCAAGAGCAUCUACGAGCAAUUCAGCUACGUUCUCGACCCCCACUCCUCCAUCGGCGUCACAGCCUCUCUCCGCUCAGCCCAACGCGCCGAGGCCAAUAUUCCUCACAUUUCCCUGUGCACAGCUCACCCCGCCAAGUUCGCCGGUGCGGUUGAGCUUGCGCUCAAGGACGAGAAGGACUUUAACUUCCAGGAGAAGGUUCUUCCUGAGGAGUUUGUCGGGCUUGAGAAGUUGCCCAAGCGAGUUUCUGAUGUUUCGAAUGAUUGGAAGGCUGUGAGGGAGCUUGUUAAGGAGCAGGUUGAGAAGGAGCUUAGCGGACAGCGAUGA